GUCACCCGGGUCAACAAACAAGUUUGCAUUACGUUUAGAAUUUUAGUGUAGUUGUUGAAGCCUACUUAGGACCAAGUCUUCUCGGUUAAGAGAAUCAUGGGUUCUCUAACUAUUACCGCUCUAACGUUUUCUUGUAUCAUGCCGUUAGUUUACUCUCAAUCUCCAUAUGUAACUACAACACUGGGAGAAGUUGCAGGAAAUACGAUUCUUUUUUCAGAGGAUUCGUACAUAGGUGUCAAUAAAUAUAUCGAUGUCUACAAGGGUAUUCCGUACGCCCAACCCCCAGUCGGCAAUCUUCGCUUUGAGAAGCCGCUCCCGAAAGAACCUUGGAUAGGAACCCUGAACGCGAUGGAAUAUAGUCCUUGGUGCACCCAGCCCGGUACAACUCCGUAUACUGUUGUGGGGGAAGAUGAUUGCCUGUAUUUAAACAUCUUUGUACCCCAAUCUAAGCCAAAUAAUGCAUCUGUCAUGUUAUUCAUCCACGGAGGUGGCUUCUCGACAGGCUCGGCCUCAGUAGAAGAUUACUCUGGGGUGGUACUAGCUGCCACCGGUGACAUCAUCGUGGUAACCAUUAAUUACAGGUUGAACAGUUAUGGAUUUCUUACAACAGAAAUCAGCGGCUUAUACACUCUGCUACAUGGUGAAAGUGCUGGAUCGGCCAGUGUAGAUUAUCAUCUCCUCUCAAAGCAAAGUUGGGAUUAUUUCAGCCAAGCAAUUUUAGAGAGCGGUACUAGCCUAAGUUAUUUCGCUUAUAUGGAACGAGAAGUAGCCAAGAACUUGUCGAUUAACAUUGGUAGGAAAGUUGGUUGUGAUUUUACGGAUAGUAAAACAUUUGUAGAAUGCAUGAAAGGUGUCGAUCCUGGUGCUGUUGUAAAUGCGUCUGUGGGGAUUAACCUGAGACCUGUAGUAGAUGGCGUAUUUCUUGAAAGAAGUCCAGAGAUUUUAAUACGAAAUAGAGACUUUAAAAUGGAUGCAACCAUCAUCUUUGGAACAAAUAAAGACGAAGGAACACUUGUCUACCUUCUGCUACCAGGCUACUUAGGCUACCUUACAACUACUCCGAAAGUUUCCAAAUCCGAGUUCCUUACUCUUAUUCCAGCGGCUUUUGUUCCAAUUGAGGAAGCAUCAAAUCCUCUAAUUUUGGACUCUAUAUAUUUCGAAUACACCGACUGGUCUCAAGCAGACGAUCCAGAUGCAAACUAUUUUGAUUCAGGUGUUCAAUUGGCCACAGAUGUUCGGUUUCUUUGCCCAAAAGAUGCAGUACAGCGUGCUCAUGCGUCUGUUGGAAACAAGGUGUAUGUUUAUCUGAUGACCCAUACUCCAACGGUUUCGGUAUAUGGUCUCGAUUUUCCUUGGAUUGGUGCUAGUCAUGCCGAAGAACUCCAAUUUGUGUUUGGAUUGCCUUUUCUUAAUGGUACAACAAAUACCUAUUUAUUAGAACAGCCGUCUGAUAAUGACCGCAAUGUAUCGGUGGAAAUUAUGAGAUACUGGACCAACUUUGCAAAAACAGGUGAUCCAAAUACUAGAGGGAGUGAGACACCAGCUCCUUCCUUCAAGAAGGAUCUUACCCACUGGCCAGAGUUUACUAUUCCUGAUCUUAACUACCUCGAUAUUAAUCUGAUGUCAUCAUCUGAACGAGCUUAUAGAGCCGACAAGUGUGCCUUCUGGAACACGUACGAACCAAAACUCGAGCAAUUUGCAGCUGACACGUCCGAGAUAGAAGAAUCAUGGAGAACCGAUUACUACAGCUGGAAGUAUAACGACCUACCUGAGUGGCAGAAGGCAUUCGAUGAUUACAAACAAAGCAAAGUAUGCGCUUAAAAAAAUACACAAAAAUUUUAUUUUGUAGACCUAAUUUUGUAAAUUUAUUUUAAGACUUAUUAAAAUAGUAAGGGAAAUGUAGCCAUUAAAACUUUUUAGUUGAGUUUAUUCAACAUGAUUUUUAGUUGUUUUUAAAUAAGCGUGCCCAACGGUUCACCAACCGUAUUGUCUAAUGCAGAUAAGCAUACAUUAUCAAAGUUUCAAUAUGUCAAAUAUAGAUUAAGAA